AUGCUACCCGUCAUGGAGCGCACAGUUUGGCUGAUUGUGGAUCUACCCGAACGAGAUGACAGUGAGAGAGAGCUCCUCAAUCACAAAUAUGUCCUCGGUUCUGUAUGCCGCAAUCCCUGA